AGUCUGUCUCUGUCUGUCUGUCCAUCUGUCUGCGCGUGGAGGUUUGUAGGUGAAGAAAGUGGGAGGGAGGUCCUGAGGGCUGGUCAAAGUUCACCGCUGGGUCACCUGAUUGGCUGAGAGAAGCUGUGAAGGACAGCAGGCAUUUACAUAUAGAGCCUCGGGGACAGACUCCUGUCUCUGAUCCAGCCUCGGCACACCUGCGCACCACAGGCACCGCGGACCAGCCUCCUUCAGUCUGAACCAAGAUGAGCCCCAAAAAUGUGAUUUUCAAGAAGGUUUGCAAGGACAAGUCGGUUGGAGUCUACAUGGGGAAAAGAGACUUUGUGGACCGUGUUGAUUCUGUGGAACCACUGGAUGGCGUCAUCCUCAUUGACCCGGAGGCCCUGCAGGGGAGGAAAGUGUUCGUCACGCUGUCGUGCACCUUCCGCUACGGCAGAGAUGACAUGGAUGUGAUGGGAAUCGCCUUCCGCAGGGAGCUGUACCUGGCCACCCGGCAGGUGUACCCGCCCCUGCAGGACCGCGAGAAGGGUAUCCACACCAGAGUCCAGGCCAAGCUCCUGCGCAAGCUGGGAAACAACUCAUACCCGUUCUUCUUCGAGUUCCCCGAUAACCUGCCGUGCUCAGUGGCCCUGCAGCCAGCACCCAGUGAUGUCGGAAAGCAAUGUGCUGUGGAGUUUGAGAUUAAGGCGUUCAGCGCUGAGAGCCAGGACGCCAAAGUACGCAAACGGAGCACAGUGAAGCUGAUGCUCAGGAAGGUGCAGUACGCUCCGGAGGGCGAGGGGAUAGCGCCCUCUGUCGAGACCACCAGGGACUUUGUCAUGUCGGACAAACCGCUGCACGUCAAGGCCAGUUUGGACAAAGAGGUUUACUAUCACGGUGAGCCCAUCAAAGUUCACGUUAGCGUCACAAACAACUCCAGCAAGAACAUCAAGAACAUCAUCCUCUCCGUUGACCAGAUUGCCAACGUGGUUUUGUACUCCAAUGACAGCUAUGCCAAAUGUGUGGAUAUCGAGGAUUCUGGGGACUCGGUGUCUCCUGGAGCGACGCUGCAGAAAGUCUACACGAUGCUGCCUCUGCUGGCCAACAACAGGGAGAGGAGGGGCAUCGCUCUGGAUGGCAAACUGAAGCAUGAAGACACCAACCUGGCCUCCUCGAGCAUUGUCAAAGACGGCGUGCUGAAGGAGGUUCUGGGGAUCAUGGUCUCGUACAGAGUCAUGGUGAAGCUCAUCGUUGGAGGGAUGAUGGGGUCGAGCGAGGUCGGUCUGGAAGUUCCCUUCAAACUGAUGCACGCCAAGCCAGAUGCAGUGAAGGAGAGUGAGCAGGAGGAGGAGAUUGUGUUCGAGGAAUUCAAGCGCUCCUACCUGAAGGGGAUCAUCGGCGAUGAUGAUGACGAGGAAGGCAACGUUUCCGGUGGUGACGACAUGGCGCCCAAAGAGAAAUAGAGGAGAGAGAGUGAAAGAGGGUGAAACAAAGAAUGCUGGGAGUUUGAGUUUGUGCUAGAAAAAGAUUUAAAGGCGCAUACCUGUGGUUGUGCAUGUUUAACCUUCAGGUGUAUUUUACGUCACUGCAGGAUGUUUUCAUCCAUCAUCUCUAUUUCAUCUUCUGCUCGGUCUCCUUCAGCUCCUGAGGAAACAAAUAUCUGUUUAGGUUCCAGAUUUUGUGCUUUUGUUCAUCAGGGCAUAGCUGAAAAAACAAACCGGUGACCUAAAGCGAGAUAAAUGCUGCACAAACCUGCAGUGCUGCAGAAUCACUUUGAGUUAUUACCUUUGUAACUGCUUGUAAACACGUGGUUUCGGUCAGAUUCAGAAAUAAAUAAAUCCAACGUCUAAACCAAUAGUCAGACUUUUUAGACACCAGUGGACUUCAGAUGUUAACAUCAGAUCUGAGGACAGAAUAAAGACUUGGUGACAAAUAACUUGAAGCUAGCAUCCUGUUAAAAUGCAGAACCACAGAAAUGAUCCUGAUAUUAAAAGUUUUAAAAAAUCCUUUAACAUUAUUUAAAGGUUUGUUGUGUAGUGCUUUGGUUUUUUGGCUCCACUCUUCAUGUUCAGAUUUAAAGUCAUUUCUGUGUCUUUUGAAAACUGCUGCAGACAGUUUCUGUUUUAAUGAGGCUGAAACUGAUUAUAAAGGUGUUUCUGACUUUGAGUUCAGAUUUACUGUAGAGACACUGAUGUAGAAGGAUCAAUUCAAUCUGGCCCUCAAACCAGACGUGUUUGUGCGACAGUGCACUUUUAACUCUGACAAUAAAGCUAAUUUAUUCAUUUCUUUGCUUCUUUGCUCAUUUUCUGGUUUAAAGUUCUGAAUGGCUGAAAUGUGGGCGGGGCAGGAGCCGACGGCUGGAUCCAGCUGUUGUGUUACUGAGUCUUUAUCUUACAAUAUAAAGUGCCGUGAGGCGACUGUUGUUGUGAUUUGGUGCGAUAAAUAAUGAAACUAAAUUGAAUGAAAUGUUAAAUAGAUGAAGGAUGUGGAAAAUAUGGAUUCAGUCUCGGUCCGUCUCACAACUGUACAAUAAAUAAGAAAUAUUAAACCUG